AUGACUACACCAGAAGUAUCGCAAAGACUUCAGGAUUUGGUGAAUACGACUGGAUAUGAGAUCACACAAAGAUGUGGUCAAAGAUUUUAUGGUCCGCCACCGAACUGGUCCGACACAGAUCGGCCUGAGAGGGGGUGUGAAGUAUUUGUGGGCCGACUUCCACGCGAUCUAUUUGAAGACGAAUUGGUUCCAGUCAUGUCUUCGGUGGCGCCGAUAUAUCAACUCAGGCUUAUAAUGGACUUCAGCGGAACCAAUAAAGGGUUUGCAUUCGUCACAUACACCCGAAGAUGGGCUGCCAUUCAAGCCAUCCGACAGCUCAACAACUAUGAGAUUCGUCCCAAUCAUCGAAUUGGUGUCACACAAAGUCUCGAUAAUUGUCGCCUAUUUUUGGGUAAUCUUCCACUCAAUAAGACUCGUCAAGAAGUAGAGGAGGAAAUAUCGUCAAAGACCAAAGGCGUGGUCAAUGUUAUCGUAUAUUACAAUUCAUACGAGUCGAUCCCCAAUGGAUCUAAUGGUUGUGAUGGACAGCCAAAGACACGUGGUUUUGCUUUCGUUGAGUACGAGUCUCAUCGAGCCGCAGCAAUGGCCAGGAAGUGUCUAUUGCCAGGCUCGAAAUCGGGAAAAGUUUCACUAUUUGGAGUACAAGUGACACUCGAUUGGGCUAUACCUGAACAGAGAGCCGACAAACAGCUAAUGGAUAGAACCGAGUGUAGGCCCUGA